AGUGUUGUCAAAUAUAAUAACCUUCAUAUCACAUCCGCCAUUACUGGUAAUUUUAAAGUUGAAUUGAGUAGAGUGCAAAAACCUUAAAUUAAAUAACUUAUGGCAUUUAUAUUGAUGAAUAAAAUACGCUUCUCGUUUUAAAAGUAUAUAUCGUCUCUAAUACAUUUUAAUUAACUCUUAAACUAUAGUUUUUAAAAGUGCAAGUUAAUUCUUAAAAAAAACAGAUGCUUAAAUUAAGAUUAUGUGAUACUAUUCAUGAUGUUGUGUGCAUUUUAAAUAUUAGUUCGUUAUAAACAUGAGUACAAAUACAGAGGACGAAAAAGACUCUCCAAAGGCCGUUCCUUUGGAUCUAGCUCGAAAUAUAUCAAGUGUAAGGACUGUGGAAGGUAAAACUCCCAUAGUAAUGACGAAUCAAUCGUUACGAGGUAUGAGAGUGUUAACUCAGAGCGUACCUGGCUCGAAUCCUUCGACGCUCAGCACUCCUACUAUUAUCGCCACAAAUUUGGUAUCACAAGCAGUUCUUAAAACAGAUUCUGGUAGACCUCAAAUUACUGGUAUUAUUACAAGCAACACCUCCCAACCUCAAGUUACCAGUAAUUUGUCUAGACCUACACAGAUAACACUUUCAGCUCCUUCCCAAACUAUAGGAACUUCUUAUCACGUCCCAAGAGGACCUGCUGUAGUGGCAAACUUAGCCGCCCCCAGAAGUAAUGUCACUACAGUUAGAACACCUAUGGUUGUUGCCCAAGGUGGUCAGCCCCAUACAUUUGUACGUCCACCACGUUCGUCAAGCCCAGCUUCUGGAACCGCUUGGCUUACAAACAGUUCGACUGGUUCCCAAAUCAAAGGUGCCCCAACGGUAUUAAGCUCACCCGUCAGGGGUGCUACCGUAACAGGAAAACCUGCAGUAAUCAGUAGAACCCAGUCACAGGGUGUGUCCACUAUUCGUCCGGGUGCUAUAUUACAAAAUGCUAUUUCCAUAGGUCAAACUGGACAGAUCCAUUCUUUUAAAGCUGGAACUACUGGAAUCCAAGCAUUAGGAAAUACUGUUACUAUAGCUCAGGUUUUACCAACCAGAACACAAGCUGUAGUUUAUAGUGCUAAUUCCAAUGCUCAGUUUACUCCAGCAAGAAUUACAGUAGCUACAACAACUUCAGCACCUAGAUUGAAUCAACCUAGACCUCUCAAUCAGGUUACUACAGCCCGUCUAACUGUUCCUGUAAACGUAUCACAAUCAGGUACCAGGUUAAUAACCCCACAAGCAACCGUAUUAAGUUCGGGUGGUAGAAUAUCUGCUGUUACAACUACUCAAACAUCUACAGCUCCGAGAAUAGUUACAACGCAACCAAAUCUAUCGAUCGGAAGAUUAUCAGUUGCGACUGCUACCCCCACGGCCGUAACCAACGCUACUUUUAUAGGUUCGACGAAAUUAUCGACUUUAAAUUUACAUUCGUUGGUAGCAGUAGCAAAUGCUAACACUCCUCCCGCAAGGACGACCAUAUCUACCCAGGGACCUAAAGUUAUAACUCAACCGGCUCAAGGUACCAUUCAAUUAACCGCACAGUUGAAAACUACACCUAGUAUUGUUUCAACAGGUACAAGAACAAUUAGCGUUCCAGCUGCUAUAGUCACCCAACAGAGACAAGCGACGUUGGUGCCUUCUCAAGCUAUUUCCAUCGCUAAAGUUUUUCCUCAAAAUGAUAAUCCAGUUAGCGGUAGUGCUCCUACUAAUGUAUUUAUACACACUCCUGUGCAAUCUACUAGACAUUCUUCCCCUAGUCCUAAUCAGAGUAAUUGUAUUACACAAACCAGCAGUACAGUACCGGCUACUACGGUAGCUACUUACUCAAUAACUAGCGGUACUUACUUUUAUGAUAACGCUUAUUCGAUGCCGAACAGGAAUUUUACACAACAACAACAAACUUUUUCUAAUCAAAAUAUGCAAAUCAGACCGUCGAUGAAUACCCAAGUGCACGGUAUAGUGUCCAAUCAACAGAUGCGUUUCAAUUCCGUUAUGGUACUAGAACAGAACCGUGGAAAUUCCCAAAUACAACAGUCUCAAUUAUCAGAACAAACCGGUCAACAGUUAACCGAACAGAUUUAUCCGACUAAUAAGAUUACAUCGUCGCCAAGACCGAGUAUUUUGAGGAAAAGAGACCACGAAGGUUCCCCGCUUAAAGCUGCUAAGAAUCUAGUGCCGAUUUUAUCGAAUUUGUCUUCACAACAAUCCCAUUGUCUACCUCCAGCUUCACCCCCAUCGAGACCGGAUUCCAGGGGGAACGGACAUAGUUCUGGUGGUAGUACAACUAUUUCUGCUACUUCUAGUCCUGGUUUAGCAGAAAUAAACGACGACAGUAACCACGCUAUUAUAAAUAAUAAAGAAGAAGAAGAAACGAAGCCCCCUCCAAUGGAAAUGAGUCCUAGGAAGAAACCAAGAAAACAACAACUUACCGGAAACGAUUUGGACGAAAAUAAAGACGAUAUGGAAUUCAUAUCGGACCGUCCUAUAAAAAAAGAUGAAGAUUCAGAUGUAAAUCAAUCGGACGAACCGAAAGAUGGCGCCCCAGAAGCCGGACAAGUUACCACAGUAAGAAAACCAGCAUCGGCUAGUUUAUUAAACAGUUAUAGACAAAACUGGAAAGCAACUCAUAAUCAUUAUUUGAGACACACAGAUGUGAAACCAAAAGACGAAAGGAGACCUACCAUUAUGGAUCUGGCUAAUCAGUACAGGGUGCAGGAUAAAGUGAACGGAUGGAAAAUACAUCAUUUAUCCACGCAAAUGGAAGAUCUGGCCGAUCAAGAACAAACCGUCUAUAAUCAAUUGACCGAAUUGCUCAAGUGUACGGAAUCCGAAGAAGGGUGUAAACAAUUUAAUAAAGAAAUAAAUAGAAUCAACGAAUUGAUUAAGGGUAAUUUGCAGAGAAUUAAAAUUAUAAAUGACGGUAUGGUGGAAGCGAAAACCUCCAUUAUGAAAAUAUUUGAUCACAAAGUUCACGUGACUGAUAUUAUCAAUAGAUGUGCCAGUAAACGUAAUUUUAAAAAAAGGGAAAAGUCUUGAAGGUUUCCCGUUGUGUAAUUCUGUUUUUUUUUAUAUAUAUAAACAUUAAGUUUCAAUGUAUUUUUUUAUAUAACGUGUUUUUAUAUGGAAAAAUGUGUAUAAAGUUUGUUUAUUUCCCAAGGAAGAAUAUAAGGAAGGAAGAAAGAAGGACAAGUUUAAUAGUUUGUUUAAUUGUAUCAUAUAAUGAAAUUUGAAAGAGAUAUUCAUAUAAUAAAGUAUUUUUUAGAUAU